AUGCCGCCUCCUCCCCAUAUCAAGCCUGAAAAUGUCCUCAAGAGGGCUCAGGAACUUAUCGCCGUGGGCCAGUCCCCCGCCGCCCUCAACGUCCUCCACGAACAUGUCACCUCCAAGAGGACGCGCAGCAGCCCCAUCGUCUCCCUCGAGCCGGUGAUGCUCCUGUUCGUCGAAUUGUGUGUCGAGCUGCGCAAAGGCAAGGCCGCCAAGGACGGUCUCUACCAGUACAAGAACAUCGCCCAGAACACCAACGUCGGAACCAUCGAGGUUGUUCUCAAGAAGUUCAUCGAGCUCGCCGAGAAGAAAGUCACCGAGGCUCAGGCCAAGGCCGAUGAGAUCCAGUCCUCGCUCGAGUCCGCCGCCCCUUCCUCGAACGUGGAUGACCUGGAGGCCAUCGAGACCCCCGAGACCAUCCUGCUCGCCACCGUCUCCGGAGAGCAGUCUCGCGACCGUACCGACCGUGCCGUCGUCACCCCGUGGCUGAAGUUCCUGUGGGAGACCUACCGCACCGUUCUCGAAAUCCUCAAGAACAAUGCCCGUCUCGAGGUUAUGUACCAGACCACCGCCCUGCAGGCCUUCCAGUUCUGCCUCAAGUACACCCGCAAAACCGAGUUCCGCAGACUCUGCGAGCUUCUCCGCAACCAUGUCCAGAACGCGGCCAAGUACUCCGCCCAGAUGCACGCCAUCAACCUGAGCGAUGCGGACACCCUCCAGCGCCACCUGGACACCCGCUUCCAGCAGCUGAACGUCGCCGUCGAGCUGGAGCUGUGGCAGGAGGCCUUCCGCAGCAUUGAGGACAUCCACACCCUCCUCAGCCUGAGCAAGCGUCCCGCCAAGAACGUCAUGAUGGCCAACUACUACGAGAAGCUGGCCCGCAUCUUCCUCGUCAGCGAGAACUACCUCUUCCACGCUGCCGCCUUCAGCCGCUACUACAACCUCCUCCGCCAGUCCGCCGCCACCCUCGCCGCCGGCCAGGGCACCAAGAAGGAGAACCCCUCCGUCUCCGAGGCCGACAUGACCAAGGCCGCCUCCUUCGUCCUGCUGUCCGCGCUGUCGAUCCCCGUGAUCAGCACCUCCCGCUCCCGCGGCGCCCUGGUCGACGUGGACGAGGUCCGCAAGAACAAGAACACCCGUCUGACCAACCUGCUCGGUAUGGCCCAGGCCCCCACCCGUGCCGUCCUGUUCAAGGAUGCCCUCAACAAGGGUAUGCUCAAGCGGGCCCGCCCCGAGAUCCGUGACCUCUACAACAUCCUGGAGGUCGAUUUCCACCCCCUGUCCAUCUGCAAGAAGAUCACCCCCAUCCUCGCGCAGAUCGGCGCCGACCCCGAGAUGGCCAAGUACGUCCAGCCCCUGCAGCAGGUGAUCCUCACCCGUCUGUUCCAGCAGCUGUCCCAGGUCUACGAGUCCGUCGAGCUCAAGUUCGUCUACGAGCUCGCCCAGUUCCCCGACCCCUUCCAGAUCACCCCCUCCAUGAUCGAGAAGUUCAUCAUGAACGGCUGCAAGAAGGGUGACCUCGCCAUCCGUGUCAACCACGUCUCCGGUGUCCUCACCUUCGACACCGAUGUCUUCUCUUCCGCCAAGGCCCUGCACGCUGGCAGCGCUGCCGGCUCCGCCGAGGCCGAGGGCGGCUCCGUCCAGCGCCUGCAGAACACCCCCGCGGAGAUCGCCCGCCUGCAGCUCGCCCGCCUGGCCAAGACCCUUCACGUCACUUGCAUGUACGUCGACCCCUCCUACAGCGAGGCCCGUCUGCAGGCCAAGCGCGACGCGCACGCCCGCGCCGCUGCCGGUGCCGCCAAGGAGCACGAGGAGACCCUGGCUCGCCGGGUCAUCAUCGACAAGAAGAAGGAAGCCGCCACCGAUGCUCUGCAGCGCAAGCAGCGUGAGGAGGAGAACCGCAAGCGCAUCCGCACCCAGCAGCUCCAGGAGGCGGAGAAGCAGCGUCUGCUGGAUGAGCAGCGCGAGCGCGAGAAGAAGCGCAUCAAGGAUGAGCAGGACCGCAUCCGCCAGCAGGAGCUUCAGAAGCAGCUGGAGGAGCUGAAGAGCGGCGUCAAGGGUAUCGACAUCAGCGACCUGGACCUGAACGAUCUGGACGGCAACCGCCUCCGCGCCAUGAAGCUUGCCCACCUCGAGAAGGAGAAGAACGAUCUCAACGACCGCGUCCGCACCACCGCCAAGCGUGUUGACCACUUGGAGCGUGCCUUCCGCCGCGAGGAACUCAAGCACAUCCCCGAGGACUACGAGAGGCAGAAGAAGAGCGACAUGGAGCUCUACGAGGCCAGCAAGGCCCAGACCCUCAAGGAGGCCGAGGACAAGCACAAGGAGGCUGUCGCGCUCAAGCACCGUCUCAGCCGCCUGGUACCGCAGUUCAACAGCUUCCGCAAGGAGGUGUCCGAGAAGCGCCACGAGGAGUUCGAGAAGCGCCGCAAGGCUGCGGAGCGUGACUUCGAGGCCAAGAAGAAGCAGCGUGUCAAGGAGGUGCAGGAGCGCAGACGCCGUGAGAAGGCCGAGCGUGAGGAGGCCGAGCGCCACAGACGCGAGGAGGAAGAGCGUGCCCGUAUCGAGGAGGAAGAGAGAGUCGCCCGCGAGGAGGAGCGCAGACGCGUGCUUACCGAAGAGAAGGCCAAGCGCGAGGAAGAGAGAAAGAGACUGGACGAGAUGGCCGUCAAGCAGCAGCAGCGGGAGGAGGAAGCCGAAGCUCGCCGUGCCGCCCGCAAGUUUGGCGGAGCCGCGGAGCCCGUGGCUCAGUCCUCUUCCACAGAGCGCAGUGCUCCUCGUCUCAACCUUGCGCCUCGCACUGGCGGAGCUCCCAGCUGGAGAGAACGCCAGGCCGCCCGGGAAGCCUCCGGCGAGGCCCCCGCCAGCGCCAGCGCCCCCGUGGAAGCCCCCAAGGAGGAGGCCCAGCCGGCGCGCAAGACGGGCAGUGGCUACGUGCCUCCCCACCUCCGGUCGGGCUCCAGCGCGACUCCCUCCGCUGCCCCCGAGCGCUACGUGCCCCGUGCCAUGCGCGAAUCCGGCUCUUCCCAGCCCCCCUCCCGCACACAUACCCCGGCCGCUGCCAGCGCCGACAAGCCCGAGGACCCGGCUGCUCGUCCCAGCGCCGGCAAGUGGGUUCCCCGGUGGAAGCAGCAGGGCGGCCAGUAG